ACAGGAAGAUAAAAACCCAAGUUCCCAGGCACUGGCAAACAAUACGUAGGGCAGCAUCACUGUCUGGUCACUCCUAUAUCUCCGUUCAACCAGACGCACAGAACCAACCUUCUUCUGCCACAAGUCUGACUCAAGAAAGCAGUUGAUCUUUAGAUAGACCAUCUUCUUCAUGCACCAUGUCUUUUACGUUCAUUAUCACGACAAUGAUUCUGGGCUCCUCAGUGACAGCUGCAUUUGUUUUGCAGCCAUCCAAGCAAGAACCUGCUGCCUCUGCAAAUUCUCCUCUUUCCCCUUACAGGUUCCAGGGUGAGUCAUUGCAGUCCUUCAGGAAGGGUCUCCUCAGGGAUCUCAACUUGCAGGAUGAGCCACAGCUGCCUGCUGGUGGGCUGGAUGGUGUCAGAGAGCAAUGGAGGAGCACUUUCAGCAACACUGCUCACAGAGACAAGGACUCUGCAGUUCCAGUGGUCUCUGGCUACUCUGUGUCACCUGAUGAUAGAAACAGUACGAGCCUGAAGUGCUGUUCCAUGGCCUCUGAGAUCUUCCUGAAAGAUCUGGGAUGGGACAACUGGGUGAUCCAUCCUGCCAGCCUUACCAUCGUUCAGUGUGCACUCUGCAACACUGAAGGGAACAUUGCACAAUUUCCAUCAGCCCACAACAACGUCCAGGAUGCCGACUCACAGGCCCAGUUGCCAUGUUGUCAGCCCACCUCCCAGAAAAUGGUACCUAUCGUCUACCUGGAUGAAUUCAGCACUCUCGUCCUUUCCUCUGUGCAGCUAACCCACAGCUGCGGCUGUGAACAUGGCAACCUCCAGCAACCCAGCAAAGAGUAAUGUUUGUUUUAUAGUCCUGAGUGGGUGACAUCUGUGACCUACCUGGCGCACACACAAAACAGAAAAUACAUCAUAUACAGGUCUGUCGUCUCUCACAAAGACUUUUCUAGAGUAUUUCUCUUUAGUUUAAGUUGUUAUCUUACAUCCUUAACACUGACACAAUGUGUAUUGAACACUGAGCAUGGGAACCAAAGCAAAGUCUGUCUCUUGUUUUUCUAUUCAAACCAGAAAGAAUAAUACAAGUGCCAGACAAACAGUAAAACGGCUCAAUUAUUACUUUAGUAACUGACGAGAUGAUUGAGCUUAAUCACGUUAUUGAUCUCAAGUUACCAUGUACAUAUCUGUGCUAUUGUGUUUUAUAUACAGUUACCAACAAUUAAGCUUAAAAUAUGCAAUAAAAAUAAAUUUCUGUAGGCAUUUGUCUCGCACUAAGAGCUAGAAAGUGCAGCUGACCCUCGUGUGAUACAUGCUGCCAGUUUAUCUUUCAAUAAAUCUCCGAGCGCUAUUUAAAGCUACUAACAGUUACUGAGUGUUCCCUCCAAAAAUGUGAGACUUGUCCAGUGCCAAAUCCUCUUACAGACUAGUUGUCUCUUUUUUGAUGUGUGAAUCAACUCUUAUGGGUAAAAAGUCAAUUUAAUUCCUUAUAAGCAAACUGAGGUCAAAUAAAAUAGAUAAUUGUUUAGUUGUAAUUGUAAAUUAAGUAUACGCUCACAUGUUUUGCAGGGAGAGUAAUAAGUUAAUAUUGUGUUCACCAGCUAAACUCCCUGCAAAUUAAACUUAGUAUCAGUUUCUUCUAGGUAUGAACAAAUCUUGUUGAACAUCUGUGCUGUGCUUUUCCACCAACAUCUAUUGGCCAUGCUCCAUGUUCAUGUUUCAAGAUAAUGAGCACAAUGCUUUGUUACUCCGGCCAGUAAAAAAAUUUUAAUCUAAAAAAAGAUGAAAGCAUAGUAGAUAAAAUAUAAAAAAUGAAAUCUGAAGUCUGAAAAUGAGUUUAAAGUGUGAUUUAACACAAAAAGGGUCAGUUGAUUUAUUUUUGUCUGUUUCAUUAUAUUCUGUUAAUGAAUCCCAAACAUUUUGUUUGAUUUGCAUUAUGUGAGCUUUUUAAUGCAUUUUUAAACAGCAGAGUUCUUGGUUGUUGGUUUUUUGUUGUCUCUUUGACCAUUUCUCAUGACUGGUUAUAGUUCUCAGUUGGGAUUUUCUAUUUCCUUAACAUAUAUUUUGUUUGUUUUAUGUUAUAUGCUCCAACACAAAAUUACCUCACUGUUUACUUUUUCAAAUAUUUUAUAGUAUAGUAUAAGUGGACUACUACUUAUGAGACUGAUAUAUCAUCUCAACUUAAUUAAUACAUUAAGUGAAUCAAAUGCAAAUUGUUUUAUUGCGCUAAAGACCCUGAUAUAACAUCUUAAUCAUUUUACUCAUUUACUGAUUUGUUGCUCACAAUUAUUUUAAUAAAAAAUAUUGAAACCAA